AUGAUAAAACGGAUAAUUGUAUUACUAUUAGUGCUCAUCAAUGGUGUGGUCAGCGAUAGUAAAGCGCCGAAAGUAAAGCCAAAUGUAGUAAUAUUUUUGAGCGAUGACAUGGGAUGGCAUGACAUCGGAUACCACGGCUCCCAACACUUGAGUACACCUAAUGUGGACUCAUUGGCCGCCGACGGUAUCGUUUUGGACAGAUAUUAUACACAACCGCUCUGUACUCCCAGUCGGGGCGCUCUUCUCACCGGCAUUCAUCCGAUACAUAGCGGGACCCAACACUUUGUACUGUUCGGGGCCUCGCCCUGGGGUUUACCCCUCAGGUAUAGACUAUUGCCUCAGUAUUUGAAAGAUCGGGGAUAUAGUACUCACGCCAUCGGGAAAUGGCAUUUGGGUUUCUAUCGCAAGGAAUACAUACCGACUAAUCGGGGCUUUGAUUCGCACACCGGCUUCUGGAACGGCUUU